AUGAAGAAUACGAGUACAUACAGUAUAACAAACAGUUACGUCUCAUUCGUUCAGUCAAAGCAACCAAGUGAAGAGAUUCCGUAUGAAAAUCGCAAGAAUUUGGCUCCUGGUUUGAAAGGUUAUUAUGUUCAUAGACUUUUAGUAAACACUGUAGCAAUGUGGGCUUCACCAAAAUAUUGCAUAGCAGUUGGAAAAAUUAUGGACUCCAUAGACAAGAAAGUUCAUGAGAAGUUAGAUGAAGAAGAACUCGAAGAUACAGUAGAGAAUGCUAAACAUUUGUUUGAAGAAGAAGUUGGAAAAAUGUGUGAAAAACAGAGAAGAUGA